AUGCCUUCCCAACAUUUCCCUGAUCAAACCAUAGUGCCUGAUUUCAAGCAAUUGGUUCUCUAUACUGGCAAUGUCAUGCUCACAUCAACUACCGCUACUGCCGGGAAACAUUGGAAUAAAAAAUCCAACACAGAGUUGGUCCAAGCAAUCUCUGACACACUUGACAUCUCGUUGAAUGGUCCUGAUAAGCCCUCAUUCCGCUACUAUACAGAAACUGAAUUGUUGGAAGUCCCUGACUUGAGAUUAAGCAGCCGUAUUCAUCCUGAUGAUCGUAAUGAUGUCGAAGUUACAGCUAAAUUGUUUUACCUGGAUCGUUGUACCGAAUAUCAGCCAUCCCACAUUGACAAGGCUAUUCAUCAUCUCCAGCAACUUUUGGAUGUCAAAUCUAUUGAUACAUUUAUCGUUUCUUUCGAUGCCGAUGACAGCGAUUCAUCAGUAAACAAAGCAUGGAAGGACUUGGAGGUUUACCAUGAGAGAGGAGUGAUUUCAAAGCUGGGGUUGGCUGAUUUUGAUUACCAAACAUUGACAGAUUUUCUCAAUAAGGAAGAUUUGAAAGUAAAGCCUUCUAUCGAUCAAGUGCAUGUUGAUCAAUGCUGUUCUUUGCCCAAAGAUCUGAUCAACCUUGGUAAAGAGCACGGAAUUGAAAUGACUUUUAAUGGAGAUACCACAGAAAUUUUAACACCUGAAGCUUUGUCCGCAUUACUGUGUAAACACAAAGUUGUGAAGGAUGAUACCAAUGUUCAGCCUCGCUGGGUUCUCAAGUACAAUGUCUUUUUCAAAUGUAGAAGUGUGGUGGCCGACAAAGGUUAUAUUGUUGUGGGCGAUGUUGCUUGA